AUGUCCACCGACCACCCCCGCGGUGCACUCUACACACCACCCAUGAAUUCCUCUUCAAACACCACCACCACAGCACCGACAUGGACACGCAACGGACGACGGUCACGGUCAUCAUCCACAACAUCCGUCACAUCCGCGUCAUCGAAUCUGAUCACCAACGUGUGGAAGUUAAAACGUAAAGCGCAUCAGUAUUGGAACAAAUUGAGUCUUGCGCAGAAGAUCAUCGGGUGUACCGCGCUCGCUAUACUAAAUAUUGGAAUCUUGUUGGGGGUUAUUUAUCAUGAAGCUAUUUUUCAUUGGUUUUCGCCUAUUGCUGAUAAAUGGCGUGAAAUGCCAUAUGGAUUCCUAAUCCUAUUCGCCUGGACAUUCGUCUCCGCCUUCCCCCCAAUGAUAGGCUACUCCACCUCCAUCACCCUCGCCGGUUUCAUCUACGGCGUCCCAAACGGCUGGUACAUCGCCUCCUCAGGAACCGUAAUCGGGUCCACAGCCGCCUUCAUAGCCUGUCGUCUCUACUUCCGAGAUUUUGCGCAACGAAUGGUAUCAACCGAUAAAAGGUUCGCAGCAUUAUCACUAACCCUCAAACACGACGGUUUAAAACUCCUGUGCAUGAUCCGUCUUUGUCCAUUGCCGUAUAGUAUCUCCAACGGAGCUAUGAGUACCUUUCCUACGGUUAGUGCGUGGAAAUUUGCGGUUGCGGGAGCGGUUGCUAGUCCGAAGUUGUUUAUUCAUGUUUUUAUUGGUCAUCAGAUGAAGGUUCUUGGGGAGACCGGGGAGAAGAUGGAUGCGGGGACUAAGGCGUUGAAUUAUGGGAGUAUGAUAUUUGGAGCGUUGUUUGGGAUGGGGACUGGGUGGUUUAUUUAUAAGAGGACGGUUAGGAGGGCUAGACAGUUGGAGGCGGAGGAGAGGAGGAGGGUUGUGGGGAGUGCUGCGGGGGGGAGUACUGGGAGUGGGGAAGGGGAGGAGGUUGAUAUGAGGCCUUCUUCUGGGAAUGUUGCUGGUAGAGAUGGUGGUGGGAAUGGUAGGGAUGGGUAUUCGGAUGAUCCGGUUGAGGAGGAGUUGGAGAGGACUUUGAGCGGGGGAAGAGGAGGAGGAGGGAGUGGAGGGAGGUAUGUGGAUGAGGAAGGUGGGAAGGGGGGGAAGAGGAGGGAUGGGAUUGCGGGGAGGGCUAUGGGGGUUUUUAAUGGGAUUUUUGGGGGGGUGGCGGCGGAUACGAGGUUUUUGGAGAGUGAAGGGGAGGAGGAAGAAGGGAGGUUGUUGGAUGGGGAUGAGUUGAUGGAGGAUGAAGAUGCUGAGGAGCUUUUGGUGGUUGAGGAUGGAGGGGUGGAGAUGGAGGGGGGGAAGUAUGGGAGGAGGUAG